CCCUCGACGUCGACGUUCUCGUUUACCGCGCCAUUGCCGGCCACGUCUCAUCUUAAGCAGCGACGCGUCUCGUUAGCUACCCCGUCGAGCCCGCGGUUGGUCCCCGCCUGGGACUUUAGGGAUGAUACGGGGCUAUAUACGCAACCGCAACCCGCAGCAGGGUCCUCCGGCCCCGCCGAAAAGAAAGGGAAGAUGCGGAGGAUAAUGAAUGACGACGGGGACGGAGAUCUAGGGGAGGGCGAGGAGCGCCCAACUCAGAAGAGGAUCAGAAAGAAAUGGACGAUGGAAGAAACACAGAUGCUUGUCGAAGGCUGCAAUACUUGGGGAGUCGGUAAUUGGAAGGCGAUCCUAAAGGACCCGAAGCUAAAGUUCGAUAAUCGUUCGCCGGUCGAUCUCAAGGACAGGUUCCGCACCUACUUCCCGGACGCGUAUAAACAGCACUACCCCAACGCGAAGACUCACCUUUCAUCCAAGGUGCGCUCGAUCCUGCCCAACGGGACAUCCUUAUUCGAGAAGACGCGCAGCAAGCGUCGCCGCCCGUUUACCGAAGAGGAGGACCGUGCGCUGAAGGCCGGGUACGAGAAACACGGCACGGUAUGGGCGACCAUCGUAAAGGAUCCCAUAUUCCAGGAACACAACCGACGCUCUACCGACUUGCGCGACCGGUUCCGAAACGCGUUCCCUGAGCUAUACGAAGCAGCGGGAUACAAGCCACGAAGGGCUGUCAAGAAGAAAAAGGGUGACCCCGGCUUCCCCGUGCGCGCCGCUACGGAUGACCAGCUGGUCACCAGCAGUAGCGGCGGUGCGGUGAGGCGCAAGAGGGCUUACACUACUGAAGGCCUGUACAGAGGCGGGACCAAGAGCGUCCCAGAAUCUGUGGCCAAUUCCGAAGAUGAAGACUCGUCGGGAGAGGAAGAUGAGCAGGACGUCAUGUCCCCCGACCCGCCAUCUACUUCGAACACCCAACUGAGCCCCGACAAGUCUUCCGACGCCCAGCAGGUCGCUAGUCCGGACCCGUCCCCUGAGACCGAUAUGAUCGACUCCCUCGCUGACCCUCUGUCUUCGCAUGAUAUAUUUGGCGAAGCCAGUGGCGACUCUUCGCAUUCUCAGACAUGGUCCUCGGGAUAUGACACGCCGUUGCACAAUACCUGGUCGUCCGCGACGACCGCUGGCUCGCCUACCUCCUCACACCUCUCCACGGAAUACUUCCUGCAAAACUCGUCGCCUUUCCAUAGGCGGAACGAUGGCAUGAAUAUGAUUGGCAAGUCUGCAUGGGGGCCUGAUUGGUUCUCGCCCAACCCUCGUCUCGAUGACUCUGCUGCUUCCAGUAGUCCCUCCUUCGCUGGAGGCCUGUCACCGGCACCAUCAUCGCCAUUUUCAUUCGCCCACCUCAGCCAUCACAAUGUCCUCGACCGCUAUGACCUGUUCCCUGCUUCGUUCCCUAGCGACUUCGCUUCGGAAGUGGGGGUCGGCGAUGCCCACUCUGCCUUCUCGGACCCUGACAUGUUCACGAGCAGCAACUUCCGGGGGUUCACUCAUCAUUCCAACUAUGCUGGUGACCUGAUAUUUGGUACCCGUUCGCACCAGCCCCAGCAGCAAACCAACUACGGUCCUGGCUUUGGCUUUGGUGACGUCGGACUGGGACUGUCAGGCAUGCAACAGCAACCUACCAGCGUACACCCGAUGCAGCUGCACACACCCAGUUUGCCGGGGAUCGACGAGAUCGAGCUGACGUCCAUCAGCCUGAACGAUCAGCCCGACACACCUGUCGAUGCUAUGGAUAGCAGCAUCGACGUCACUCGGCCGCCUGACGCCGCUGACUCUUCAAUAGACAUGACUGAUCUAAGCCAGUACCGGUUGCCUCAACAGACCUUGGAGGAAAUAGUAGGUCUUUCUCAAGACAUGCACUCUACACCGCCGGCGACGCCUGUGAAUCCGGCUCGGGUUCUGCGAUCGGACGCGACCGCUCACCUCUCUUCAUCUCAUAACCGCUCCAUCUCUGUACCGCCGUCCGAACAUCGUUCGCAUUUGCGGCCAUCUCCAUCCAAUCCAUCUGCCAAACCGAUGGCUACACCGACGCGACACUUUUCCUUCUUCGAUUCGCUAACUCAACCCGACGAAGCCGCCCGCCCGGCUGCUGUGUCAUCCUCUCCGACGGACAUGUGGCGGUUCACUAUGGCCAACGACAGGGAUGUGCCGUUCUUGGAUUUACACUACUACGGUCACGGCGGGACCGGCGCUGCCGAAUCCGCGGUCGACUCUGCGGUUGUACGCCAAGGGCAGGCCCUCGACCUUGCGAAGCCUUUCCCGCCCUCACGAUCACCGGCACCACACGCCGCGCCUCCGCAAGCUUUCACUCUGCAGUCUGCGUCCACCUCCUCCGCAAGUCGACCACCUGUCCACCAUCACAGAGGUCAAAGUGCCGUGUCACCCCAAGAUCUCCUCCUCAACCACGGCAACGACAAUAAGAGAAAGCGGGCGAGUUGGGAUGGCGGG